AUGACGAGACCCCAGAUAAUCCGCGCUGAUACUUUGGAUCUCCAAGACCACGAUACACCCUCUGCCAAAGAUCACUCUAAACAACCCGAACACCCAGAGCCCCUCGGGAGCGGCCGGCCUGCUCCCCAUCAAGAACAGUCCAUCCGUCAUGCGGAACAAGACUCCAAAUCCGAAAUAACCAAUGGACCCGACAAGAGCGUGUAUCGCGAGCCCGAUGACGACGAAGAUGAAGAUGGAGACUACGAGCACGAAGAUGGUGAUUUGGCAGACGGAGAAAGCGAUGAUCUGAUGGACGACGACGAUUUGAUGGACAAAAUAUCCAGCUCGCCCAGUAUUGAUGAUGAGGAUAUCGAUUUCGAAUUCGUUUAUGCGCUUCACAACUUUGUUGCUACUGUCGAUGGACAAGCAAAUGCUGCCAAGGGCGAUACUAUGGUGCUUCUCGAUGACAGCAACAGCUAUUGGUGGCUGGUCCGCGUGGUAAAGGAUGGAAGUAUUGGAUACCUCCCCGCAGAGCACAUCGAAACGCCAACCGAACGAUUGGCUAGAUUGAAUAAACACAGGAACGUCGAUCUCUCUGCGACCAUGCUGGGCGAUAACAAUGAGAAGUCGAAGAAUCCUUUGAAGAAGGCAAUGCGCCGCCGGAACGCAAAGAACGUCAAUUUCGCGCCUCCUACAUAUAUUGAGGCCUCGGAUGUUGAAUAUUCUAGCGACGAAGACUCCGAGCACGGCGACUUUUUCAACGAUGAUGAGACCCUCGAUGGAGAAGAAGAAGAUGCGCAAGACCAAACCGAAGAUAUCGUUGUCGAACCACUUCGCCCCAAGGGACAGAAGGAGAAGACUGUCGAACCAACCGAAAUCCAGGGUGUGCAAGCAGAAUCGCACCGUUCAAGCUCCGACCGACGCCCAUCAAGUGAAGAAUUCUUUGAAUCAGAAGAACCCACUGUCAGUAGAUCCAGAAAUGGCACUGUACGGAACACCGACUCGUUUUUCAAAGACGACACAGCCGAGCCUAAAAAGAUUUCUCUCACCCCCAACUUGCUUCGCGAUGAAUCCGGCGGCGGCGGUGGUAGUGGCGGCUUGGCUGAAUGGAAAGAGCCUCGUGGAAGUUUCGAAUCCAUUGAAAAAGGAUCCAACCCACAGACACUGGACAAAUUCAAGGAGGAUAAGAAGCGAAAGGACAAGAAACCUGGAAUGCUCAGUGGUCUGUUCAAGCGCAAGAAGAGCAGAGAUGAGGUCGAGGAUGGGGAGAAGUCUCCGGAACCCAAGACUUCGAUGGACUCAAUUUCAUCAAAGUCAUUGUCGCCCGAACAACGACCCAUCAAACAUCAGCCCCAGCACCAGAAGGACACGAACAAAAAGCUACAGAAGCAGCCUCCAGGGAUUAUGAAGGUGGAUACAGAGCUCGAUCCUGCAAUGGCCGAAUACUCCAAGCCCGAGUCCAAACAGAGUUCUGACCAGACUAUCCGAAAGGUGACAUCGCAGGAGGAUGAAGCCUUUGAGGAGUGUGACAUUGUGCUGUCAUCUCCCGUCAGCCAGCAUAGUCUUUCCAGGGAUCCCUUUGCCACUCCCGUUGAAUCCAGGGACGCCCUGGCUUCGCCUGUUGAACGCACAUCCAGUGAAGCACAAUGGAUAGCUCCUAGUGAAAUUGCGCGCGCAGCUGCCUCAGCCUCUGUCAUGUCCCCACCUCAAAAGUUUACGCCCAAGUUUGCACCUAGAGAUCACGAGCCGGAGUCACCUGUUGACCUCUCUCCUGUGGAGGGAUACAUCCCUGUUGGCGCCCCGGGCUUGACCCUCGACGCCUCACCGCAAGGAGUACGCUCUCUCUCACCGCCAUCGGCGCCAUCCUCGCCCGGGAAUGAUACGAACUAUCACAAGGGCAGCGCCGCUACUCCAGCAUCUAUGGAUACUCUUUCCGUGGACACACCUACCUGGAGCGACUCCAGUCUACGAUCAUACAUGGACGAAGAAAAUGACAUUCGUGACUUGUUCAUCAUUGUCCAUGACAAAUCAAAUGUUCCUCCUGCUGGCCCCGACCACCCCAUUACUGGCCGACUCUUCAAGGAGGAAAGCAAGCGGCUCAAGGAAAUGAACAACCAGCUUGAUGAGAUGCUUGUGAACUGGAUGUCACAACGCACGAACAGUUCUGGCCCAGCGCGAAGCAUGCAAAGUCCAAUCUAG